AUCAUUACAGCAUACCAGUUGUGUGUGUGCUUCAGGAAGUCUGUAUAAAGUUCUCUGUUGUGGUAGGCCAGACCCAGGAAUGCUUUAGCAAAAUGAAGGUGCUCACUGCAGCCCUGCUGUUGAUCACACUGCAGUAUUCAUGUGCUCUGAGUCCCACGGACUGCGAUGCUACUGAGCCUGUGGCUGAGAAGGCUCUAGACCUGAUCAAUAAAGGGCGACGGAAUGGCUACCUUUUCGAGCUGUGGCGGGUCGCUGACGCCCACUUGGACAAAGCGGAUUCUGCAACUGUCUAUUAUUUGGUCUUAGAAGUGAAAGAAUCUGACUGUUCGGUCCUAUCCAGGAAACACUGGGAUGACUGUAAACUGGCUUAUUCUAGACGUCCGUCCGAAAUAGUGAUUGGACAAUGUAAGGUGAUAGCUAUAAGACAUUCCAAUGAAUCUCAAGAUCUGAGCCUGAUUGACUACAACUGCACCACAAGUUCUGUCUCUCCAGCACUAACCAAUACCAAAGACAGCCCUGUGCUCUUCGAUUUCUUUGAGAAUACUGAACCCUACAGAAAAAAAGCCAACGAAGCCCUUGAGAAAUACAAAAAGGAGAAUAGUGAUUUUGCUUCUUUCAGAGUGGACCAAGUAGAGAGAGUCAUAAGAGCGAGAGGAGGAGAAAGAACUGGUUACUAUGUGGACUUCUCCGUGAGGAACUGCUCUAAGCACCGUUUCCCCAGAUACCCUAGGGUCUUCGGAUUCUGCAGAGCACAUCUGAUCUAUGAUGCAGAAGCCUCUGACUUGGAAACCCCAGAGAACCUCAUAAUAGACUGUGAAGUCUUUGACCUGGAGGAAUUCAGAAACAUCAGCGAUGUCCGACCCCAUCUGGGCCAUCGUCAUCACUCUGGUGAGCAUGAGCAUUCUUGGGUCAGCAAGCCUCCAUUUAAGCCUGGUGGAUUCAGAGAUCAUCAUCCUCCAAGACCACAUAAAUUUGGAUGCCCACCUCCCCCAGAAGACAAAGAUCAUCCAGAUAGGUUGCCCCCUUCAGGGUCAAGAUGUCAUCAUCCCCCAUUUGGCAUUGGUAGAACCCAAGGACCCCCUCAUAAUCAUAGUUCCAGUGAACACCAUUCCCAUGGGCACAAUCCCCAUGGACACCAUCCCCAUGGACACCGUCCCCAUGGACACCAUCCCCAUGGACACCAUCCUCAUGGACACCGUCCCCAUGGACACCAUCCCCAUGGACACCGUCCUCAUGGCCACUAUCCCCAUGGUCAUGCUUUCCAUGACUAUGGACCUUGUGACCCCCCACCCCAUAGCAAAGGUUCCCAAGAUCACCAUCACCAUGGCCACGGCCCCCCACAUAGGCAUUCAGAAGAAAGAGGGCCAGGUAAAGGACACUUUCCAUUCCACUGGAGACGAAUUGGAUAUAUUUACCGACUCCCUCCAUUAGAGAAAGGUGAAGUUCUUCCACUUCCUGAAGCCAAUUUCCCCAGCUUCUCCUUGCCAGAUCAUGACAAUCUUCUAAAACCUUUCCCUCAAUCAGCCUCUGAAUCGUGUCCAGGGACGUUCAAGGUUGAUUUUCCACAAGUUUCCAAGUUUUUUGCAUAUUCAUCUCAAAAAUAAACUCAGAGUUUAUUGGCCUUGAUGGAGUAAAAUAAAUAAUGUUCUGCGUUAGAACCAUAAAUAAAAAUGUGAACAAUCA